AUGUCAGCUGUCGUCCGCCGUAACAAGGGGCGAAAUAGUUGCCGCCUCCACUGCGUUCACCCGGCGCUUUGCUCAGCUCCGUCGUCGCAACAUCCACAUCGUAUCCAUCACAGCCAGGCAGACAGCACGAUGGGCACCAACACUUCGUCGCCUGCAUCCUACGUCGACCAGGACACCAGCAUGUCCGGCCUCGCAAGGAUGGGUGGUGCGCAGCCACGCACCAAAACUCCAAAAGCUGCGCCAUCUCCGCCCGCUCAGUCCAACAUCACAUCGGAUCGAACCCAAGCAGACCGACCCAGCGUCGACACGUUACCGCCAUACCAAGCUGCGCACACUCAACACCGUCCUUGA